AUGGGACCGUCUCUGCGAGACCACGGCUCCUUUGUCCGGCCAUCCACCCGGGAUCGGCCCGCGACUCGCGGCGAAGGGGAAAAUUCGCUGGUCGUCCCUAGCCGCACGUCGUCGCUUCACUCCCGGAUCACCCAGCCCAUCCCGUCCACACUCAACAUCAAGCCCGCGCAACGGACCCCGAAAACACUCACGCAUGCAUACAUGGUCUGUGGUGUUGGCCGCGAGCCCUCCCAGUGGGUGAAGGCUCCGACGCCCGAGCAGGGCAAGAUUGGUCAUAUGAAAGGUGCCGUGGGUCAAUUUUGGCUCCCCGAGAUCCUGGGUAGCAGCCCCCGCCUAGAACAGGAUAAUGAAAUUGCACGAGCUCUGCACUCGGCCAUGAGAGCUUGUUUCCCUCAUGAUGUUGAGAUUUGCACUGGCAAGAGCCAGCCCCACUGCGCCCAUCAUGCAUUUGUCCUUCAGCAGGACUCAUCUCACACUCUGUACGGUAUCGCGCUGCGCGUUUGGUCCCGUGCCGACGAGAAGCGCGCCGAGACCAUCCGCGAGCUGCGCAAGAAAACCGAGCCCGACUUUUACGACAACCCUGAUGAGACAUAUUGGAUCCCCUACUGCCUGAGUUUCCUGUCCCGAUAUCCCCUGUAUGAUUUGCUGGGUGAUUACCUCCGCGGGAUGUGGAUUCAUUGGAACAAGGCGACCAACCUCUUCCACGCUGAGGAGGUCUCCCGUAUCCUCAGCUUCCCGGCUCCUCGCCUGAACGACCUGGUCCGCAUUGACAUGAAAGACUAUGCUCUUUGCUACCAAUUCCCCUCGUCUCCGACCGGCUUCCAAAACUUCUCCAUGUGGCCCCUUUUCAACUGUUUGUCUAUUCCGAACAUCGUUGGCGUGAUCGAGGCUGCCGUUUCGCCGACCCGUCGUAUUAUCUUUGUCUCCCACUACCCGGCCAUGCUGACCGUGGCCGCCGAGACCAUCCGUUACUGCGUGCGUGUCUAUGAGUGGAGUGGUCUUUAUGUGCCUGUUGUGCACGCCCGCCAUGUCAAGGAGCUGGUCCAGGAGCCGGGCCCUUACAUUCUGGGUAUCACUGCCGAAUGUCGCACGCUAUUCAAUGCCCCCUCCGACGCGUUGGUCGUUGACCUGGACCGCAACUUCGUGUUGACCUCGAGCCCACCCAAUGUCCUCAACCAGGGCCAGCGUACCAAGUUUAUUAACCGUCUGACCCAGGCCCUCAAUGGCGAUGUCUCGCCCUCCGGUGUCCCAACUCACCUUCGCUCCGCCUACGCUGGCGGCAAGCUGAUCCCUGCCGGUCAGAUUAUCGUCAUGCGUGGUGAGGUUGAGAGCGUUCAGGAUCCCAACUGGUGGAACCAGGAUGCUGUUAUGGGCGUGAUGGAUCACGUCUGUGAGAAGCUCGGCCGCAACACCGGCAUGAAGGCCAUCUUUGGUGGAUCCGUCAAGAAGCCCCUGAUGACCAAGGUCUCGAUGCGUCAUCUCAACGAGAUUGUUCGCGAGCGUAACCAAUACUCUCGCGAUGCUAUGGAGGCCUGGCAGGAUUUCAUCAACCUCAAGGGCCGCAUGGAUACCGAGCUCAGCAAGGUUACCAAGCGCAACAACUUCCUUGUCGAGGAGCUCGAGACCUGGAAGCAGCAAUUUCUCAAGUUCCAGGCCUUUGCUGAACAACUCACCAAGGAGACCUCGGAGCUCAAGGUUAAGAUCGAGAACCACAAGCGCGAGAACCGUCGCCUUACCGGUCUUAUCGACCAGCAGAAGGACGACGUUGCCCGUCUUACCCUGCGCCUGUCCGGCACUGAGAAGCAGCGUGACGACGCUCUGGAGGCUCUGGUUCUUCAGCAGGAGAUUGCCGAAGAGCUUGAGCGUGAGCGCAAGCGUAAUCAGAAGGAGAUCUCUGCCCUUACUCACACUAACACGACGCUGUCUCGCCAGCGCGAUGAUGCCCAGCGCGUAGUCUUGCACCUUCGCAGCCUGAUCAACGGCCAGAGCCACCACAUGGAGCACAUUGUCCGCUCUAUUGGCAGCAGCUCUGAGAUUACUGAGAUUGUCGAGCAGGGUUACGAAGACGCCCCCGAAGAGUCGACGAAUGGAGAGGAGCGCUUGGAGCCUGUGAAGGAAACGAAGGCCUGGAGCAAGGAGAGCACCAGCAACGGUCACAAGUCAACUGCGGUAAAUGAUAUGAGCCCCGAGCUAGAACAGCACCUGCUGAACCUCGGCAAGGAUCACAAGACCCUUGCGCGUUUGAGCAUCACCGAUGUCGCGGACCGUUACCUCCGCGACAAGACGGAUGCCAUCGCCGACAUUAUUCGCAGCAUUAGUGAACAGUGCGCCGCCGCCGUCGAGGGCCUCCACCUGGCCCAAGAUGCCGAGCAUGAGGAGGCUGAGGCCAACUCGAAGUCGGUCGCCCACCAAAAUGGCGACCGUCUUGGCUCGGACUAUGAGGGCCAGGAGGAGGGCCGUACGACCCGUGCCACUAGCGAAAUGAGCGACGUCGACAACAAUUCGCUUCAUCCCGAUAACCGCCACUCGAGCAUUCCGCCUACCCCCGACCUUGUGCACAACCGAUCCAGUACUUCCAUGUCCAUGGUGAGCAGCUCGACUUUCCCUGAGCGGUCAAGCCAGCAGUACGGACCUGGUGACAUUCCAACCCGCAUCGUGGAGGACGAUGAUGAGCACGCCCAUGAGACUGAGGGUAUGGAUGAUCAGGCUACCGAGACUGGUACUCUGUCUAAGCAGGCUAGCGAAGAUCUCAUGCGGCCUCAGACCGCACGGGUGAUCUCGUAA